AUGAUGCUCCGCCACCGCAAGCUUCACUCAAGCAACCUGUUGAAGAGCACGCCAGAUCUGAGUGCCGAAUCCAAAACUGACCAAAAGUCAUCUCGAAGCAACUGGAGAACUUCCAGCGCCAACAUCCCCCACAGGCACAAUGCAUCGCCGACUUCUGAUACUUCGAGUCGCACGCACAUGACAGACACUUCAUCAUCAUCAGGAGACUGCAGUAUCAGCAGCCCUCAUCGCCGGACCAGAACGGUGAGCCCUCACCACAACAGGUCAUUGUCCUUCAGGAAUAUGAAGAGACCCACGCCCCAGCAGAUCCAGUGUGAGGAUCUAGGGUACAGCCCCUCUGUCGCCGGCUUUCGACCACGAGGUUCAACAAUGCCCUCGGAUAAUGCGAGCUAUUACUUAGCUCGCAGGAGAAUGAGGUCAAAAGUGAUGUACAACAGCAGAAAUCUGACGCCUAGUCCACCGAUACACGAACCAGGAGAUGAUGAAGACGAUGAGUUCUAUUUAUGCCGUAGCUUCAGCAUCAGUUCCAAAGGCGCCAUCGUCAACAGGGGAGAUUUCAUUCGUCAGAGGUCUCGAAGCAACAACAGCGUGGCAUCGACAACAUCCAGCCUAACGACAGGAGGUAACAAUACUUCAUGUGCCUCCAACGCGACGUCUUAUUCUUCUGGAGGACAGGGCAGAGGUCCUACAUCCAAAGUCCAGAUCUUAGGAGCAACAGGUGUGGGGAAAACAGCUCUCAUCAACCAGUUCAUGAACUCCGAAUACAUGAACACUUAUGAUACACAAGUUUUUAAUAAGUAUCAUAUAGACAUUCACAGUGUCAGGCAGACUGAUAUACUCUUCUUCAGUCUUAUUCAGACUGAUAUACUGUUCCACCGAAAAUGUGAGCAAAAUCACUGA